AUGAAGAAUAAAAAUGAUGAUGCAAAGGAUGACCUCUCCAAGGAGCAUUACAUUAUCAGUCUUGAUAACAAGGAAAGCAAAAAUAGUUUCUCCGAGGAUGGCAUGGUCAUUAUGAACAAUUGGAUGGAUGCUGCGAAGGGUGACUUCUCCGAUGUAGCAGGAUUCUACUUACCUGGAGAUCUCUACCCUGGUAGAAGGAUGAAAAUGGAUUUCCGUAAUGUUGGAAGUAAAGUGGGUUUCUUGCCUCGUCAAACCGCCCAGUCCAUUCCGUUUUCAAGUGACAAUAUACCCAAAAUUUUGGACCUUUUUUCAAUAAAGGCUGGAUCAGAAGAAGCUAAGACCAUAGCAGAUGUAAUAGAUCUGUGUGAAGUGCCAAAAAUGGAAGGAGAAGAAAAAUUUUGUCCUCAAUCUUUAGAAUCAAUGAUUGACUUUGCUGUUACAAGGUUUGGCCAAAUCGGUAGGGUUCUUUCUUCUCAACCGGGUAAGAAACAAGAAUAUAUUGUUUUAAAAGCACCCCAAAGGAUUGGAGACAGGGCAUUGGUAUGCCAUAAGAACGUAUAUCCAUACGCUCUGUAUUAUUGCCAUGAAAUGAAGGGCACCAAGGCUUAUACGGUUCCAUUACUGGGUGCUGAUGGUACAAGGAUUAAAGUAGUGACUAUUUGCCAUGAAGAGACAUCUGCUUGGAACCCAAAGGAACUAGCCUUUCAAAUCCUUAAAGCUAAGCCAGGAAUGACUAUCUGUCACUUUCUAGCCAGUGAUACCCUUGUUUGGGUUCCACCUAAAGAUCCAGGACAUGAGUUCGUCCCCCAUCUGUCAAAACCUGUCAUGGAUCAGUAA